CUUUCGGGUCCACCUGAAGCCUCUCAUGAGGGACGCCUGCUUUUACAUGCUGUCUGUGUGCUGGAUCAGCUACGUCGUGCGAGACGAGACUAUCCACCUCUGGGAAGCUUUUAUUUUUGUCUCUGUUGCAGGCUUCGUUUUAUGCUACGUAAUCUUCAUUGUGCUGGUGGUAUUAAUGCAGAUACACGACACCAGGGAGGAAAAGCUGAAAAGCAGGAUCCCAAGUGUAUCGGAUCCAGACGUCCUGCGCACUUACUUGGCGAACAAGGACGUAGCCGCGAUUCCUAGGAUUCCCGUGAGGCCACGCGCAUUCGGUCUGCGUGCUAAACUCGACGUUGCAAUCGCCGCCGAAUUGAAGAGAGAGGGGUUCUUACAUAAAUCAUCGUUAGCGGAAGAUGAACAGCCAGAAAUGGAAGAAGACACUGGCAGGCCGGAGGGACUUUACAAUGAGUUCCUUUACGAUAUCACGCCGAUAGGCGAAGAGGACUGGAAAAAUGCGAACCUGAUUUUCAAAUUCAUUUUAAUUACCCGCGCACCUGCCAUGUUUCUGCUACAAUUAUUUAUCCCACUUGUGAACACGACUGCCGCAAAGAAAGGCUGGUCCAAGCUGCUAAAUUGCUUCCAGCUGUGUGUGACACCGACGUUGGCAUUGUUUCUAUUAAACGUCUGGCAUGGUCAUAUUGGCCCCGUUCCAAUCCUACCGAUAUUCCUCGUUACCGGCACGGUAAUUGGUGUAAUUGUAUUCCUUAAAACCAACGUGGACCGCGUACCUAAGUAUCACAAUGCUUUCGCAUUUUUUGGAUUUCUGGCCGCCAUGCUGACGGUCUAUUUGGUUGCCGGGGAAGUGAUGGCAGUCCUCCAAUGCGUCGGAUACGCUUUCAGUAUAUCAGACGCCAUGCUCGGUAUCACGUUCCUUGCAUGGGGUAACAGCGUGGGCGAUAUGAUAUCAAACAUCGCCAUAGCUAAACAGGGAUUUCCACGGAUGGGAUACGCGGCUUGUUUCGGCGGGCCGAUGUUUAAUACACUUUUGGGAUUAGGCUUAACUUAUGGAAAGGACGCCAUGAAGCACCCAAAUCACCGCACGCGCAUGAGAAUGAGCGACAUGGCGCCCGGAAGCUUCACUUACCUACUCUUCUCGUUAUUAAUAACUAUCAUUUAUUUAAAUAUUACUGGCGCAAUCGCUCGCAGAUCGUACGGUUUCCUUUUGUAUACAUUAUACUUCACGUUCAUUCUGAUUCAGUUUUUUAGCGAGUUUAAAAUAAUUCAUCCUCUCGGCACUGACCAUCGCCCGGAUGACGUUAUAGAAUAAAUUAAAUAAUUUGAAUAAAACAGGUUGUUCGAUAUGUUCUGGUUGAAUUUUUAUUUAGAUAAUAAUCAUGUGAAUGUUGUGUACAAUAGUUUGGAAGUCUAGAACGUUAUAAAAUUGUUAUAUAGCUUAAUAAUUGUUAAUUAGUUAUUGAAGAUGAGUGUGUAAUUCGUUUUGUACGGAAACCGUCAAGUCUUGUGAAUAAGAGAUUUCCAGUUUCAAUAAAAUAAAGGUAUAAAGAGGAAUGAAAUGUUCUAAAGGAUUGAAUCUUUCUAUUCGUGAAUAUGAAAACAAAAAUCUACAG